CAAUUACUAGUGCGUAGUAACGUGCACAUUGUGCGCGUGCUUGUUGUGGUGCGCCUGCGUUACUGCACAGCUGUGCUGAAGAAGCGCUACUGGAGCGCGCACUCGUGAACCGGACCGGUCACUUGAAAACUAUCCCUGCUUCAUUUCGUUCAUUCAAGGGAAACGUUGAUCAGAAAUAAUGCUUUAAAAUGAACCCACUGCAAAAGAUGCGAUGUGGGAAUCAAACUGUGUUACGUGAAUGGGGAAUCGUCUAUCUUGUGAUUAUAAGCGCGGUGUGCUACUCCGCAUCAGAGAGGAAAGUAUGUCAGGGAACCAGUAAUAAGCUCACUCUACUAGCCCAACCAGAUGACCAUUACAGGACCAUGGUACGGAUGUACAGUAACUGUACAGUAGUGCUAGAGAACCUGGAGAUAACCUACAUUCAAGACUACCACGACCUCUCCUUUCUUAGGAGCAUCGAGGAAGUCGGUGGCUACGUUUUAAUAGGACUAAACUAUGUGAGCGUGAUACCUUUGGUAAACCUGCGGCUCAUUCGUGGCCAUUCUCUCUUUGAUGACAAAUACGCCCUGGCCGUGAUGGCCAACUACCACAGGAAUGAAUCUUCAGAGAACAGCAGCAUCACCAGCGGCUUGAGAGAGCUCCCAUUGAGAAGUCUCACAGAAAUUCUCAAAGGGGGAGUUAAAAUUUCCCAUAAUGAUUUGCUCUGCAAUGCGGAGACUAUACAGUGGUUGGACAUCGUACAGAGUAACAUUGAUGUGAACUUCUCCAGGAGGACGGACGUUCAUUGCAGACGUUGUGAUCCAGGAUGCUUUAACGGAUCGUGUUGGGCUCCAGGACCAGAGAACUGCCAAACCUUGACUCGGUUGAACUGUGCCGAGCAGUGCUCACGGAGAUGCAAAGGGCCCAAACCCAUCGACUGCUGCAAUGAGCACUGUGCCGCAGGCUGCACCGGACCUAGAGACACAGACUGUCUGGCCUGCAGAGAUUUUCAGGAUGAGGGCAUGUGUAAGGCUGAAUGUCCACGUCCAAUGGUGUACAACCCAAACACUCACCAACUUGUUCCCAAUCCUGCCGGAAAGUACAAUUUUGGAGCAACGUGUGUUAAGAGGUGCCCUUACAACUUCGUGGUGGCCGAUCAAGUCGCCUGUGUCCGGACGUGCGGCGGGAACAUGCAUGAAGUGGAGGAGAACGGAAUUAGGAAGUGCAAAAAAUGCGACGGCUUGUGUCCGAAAGUCUGCAAUGGUCUUGGAAUGGGAGCUCUUGUGCGUGUCAUGUCCAUCAACGCCACUAAUAUCGAUUCUUUUAUUAACUGCACUAAAAUAAAUGGCCAUAUUACAAUAAUGAAGACGACUUUUCAAGGGGACCAUUUUACAAACACCCCAAGCAUGGACCCUGCAAAACUAGACUAUUUCAAGACAGUAAAGGAAAUUUCAGGAUUUUUGCUCAUUCAGGACUGGCCAGCACAUCUGAAGUCACUCAGCCCUUUUGAAAACCUGGAAAUUAUCAGAGGACGAACCAAACAACUGGGUACUGUCAGUUUCGCCGCUCUGAACACUCCGCACCUGGAGUAUCUCGGCCUGCGCUCUCUGAAGGAGAUCAGCGAUGGUGACGUGGUCAUUAAGAAUAACCCCAACAUGUGUUAUGUGGACGGCAGCUACUGGCAGAAGCUGUUUAAAUCAGAGAAACAGCGCAUAAAAACCAUCAACAAUUCAGCCAUGGACAGCUGUGUGCAGCAGAACAGCACCUGUGAUAGCAUGUGUGGAGAAGAGGGCUGCUGGGGUCCGGGACCGUCCAUGUGCUUCUCCUGCCUGCAUGUGAGCCGUAGGGGGCGCUGUGUCAGUCACUGCAACCUGCUGGAAGGAUUUCCCCGUGAGUACAGAUCAGAGGACGUGUGUUUGGAAUGUGACCCAGAAUGCAAGAUCCUGAACGGGACGGAAAGCUGCAACGGACCAGGAGCUGAUCAAUGUUCUGAGUGUGCUCACUUUAAAGACGGGCCAAACUGCGUCGUGCGCUGCACACAAGGAGUGCCCGGCAUCAAUAACCAACUCGUGUGGACGUACCUGGACAAAAACAGACAGUGCCAGCCAUGUCAUGCCAACUGCACGCAGGGGUGCAGUGGACCCGGACUGGAAGGUUGCGAACCUAAAAACUCUCACACGUCUGUAGUGGCGGCUGGUAUGGUCGGUGGCAUGUUUCUGAUCAUGGUCCUCGUGCUCUUCAUCUUCAUCAUUGUCCGCCGAAGACACAUCAGACGGAAGAGGACCCUACGGCGCCUCCUGCAGGAGAGAGAGCUGGUUCAACCUCUCACUCCAAGCGGCGAAGCCCCUAACCAGGCACUUCUGCGCAUCCUAAAGGAAACAGAAUUUAAGACAAUUAAAGUGCUCGGAUCUGGAGCCUUCGGCACUGUGUUUCAGGGUUUGUGGAUCCCAGAUGGAGAGGAUGUGAAAAUUCCUGUUGCUAUCAAAGUUUUAAGAGAAGUUACAUCUCCCAAAGCCAACAAAGAGAUCUUUGAUGAGGCUUACGUGAUGGCCAGCGUUGAUCACCCUCACGUGUGUCGUCUGUUGGGAAUAUGUCUCACGUCCAGCAUUCAGCUCGUAACACAGAUUAUGCCUUACGGUUGCCUGCUGGAUUACAUACGGGAGAAUAAAGACAAUAUCGGCUCACAGAUGCUGUUAAACUGGUGCGUGCAGAUCGCCAAGGGAAUGAACUAUUUAGAAGAACGUCAUCUGGUUCAUCGUGAUUUGGCAGCCAGGAAUGUGUUGGUGAAGACUCCCAACCAUGUGAAGAUCACUGACUUUGGCCUGGCCAGACUGUUGGGUGCUGAUGAGAAAGAAUACCACGCUGAUGGAGGGAAAGUGCCUAUAAAGUGGAUGGCACUGGAGUCUUUACUUCACUGGACAUACACUCACCAAAGUGAUGUUUGGAGUUAUGGUGUCACCGUGUGGGAGUUGAUGACAUUCGGAUCCAAACCCUACGAUGGCAUUCCAGCCAUUGAGAUUGCAGAUAUUCUGGAGAAAGGAGAGCGGUUACCACAACCUAACAUCUGCACGAUAGACGUCUACAUGAUCAUGGUCAAAUGCUGGAUGAUUGACGCUGAAUGCAGGCCUCACUUUCUUGAACUUGUGACAGAGUUCUCAAGAAUGGCUCGAGAUCCUACACGUUACCUUGUAAUUCAGGGUGAUGAGAACAUGCAUCAGCCCAGCCCAACGGAUUCAAAGUGCUACAGAUCUCUGAUCAGUACAGAAGACAUGGACACCGUGGUGGAUGCAGAAGAAUACCUGAAACCCAACAAAAGAUUCUUCAAUGGAUCACAGAGAUCACAGUCUCACUAUCACAACUCUACAUGUCAUGUGAAGGACGAUUACACAAACAGUGCGAUUAUACGCUACAUAACGGACCCCACACAGAAGGACAUCAUGUUACCAGAAUACGUGAACCAGGACAUUCCCAGUCCAAGCAACAUGGAAAACCUAAACUACGAGGGCCCGUCCUACGGACACACACAUAACGGUUAUAUAGACGCCUGCGUGAGCAAACCCGAGGGUCCAGAGUAUCUGAACACGGCCUGCUCCACACUCCCUCGCUCCCCGUGUGCCAGUCUGGAUAAUCCGGACUACCAGCAGAGCUUCAUGCCCACAUCUCCAUCUGACUCUCCGUUCCUUCCUGCAACAGAUAACCUGCAGUACCUCGGGCUCAUGCAGUCUCACGUACGUUAGACAGACAGACAUAGGAGAAACAGAUGUGUUAGUAUUUCAGCGCGUUAUGAGAACGUCCGCUCCAAAAACGCUUGAAGGCAACCGCCGUUGUUAGUUCAGUCUUGAAACUUUAGAGGAGAUGUUUAGACAUUAAGCUGUGAGGAAUGUGUUGAAUGUCAAGCCAGAACACAUUUCAAUGUUUCCGCCGAAUGAAUGGAAUAUUUUAAAUACUGUAGCUUGGAAUAGUUUCCGUCUUUCUGUAUAAUGUGCAGGGUGUUUAAAAAUAGCAAAACUUAAUUUAUUGAACCAUUUUUAUUGUAUUGUUUUGCUGUAUUAUGGGUAUAUUUUCAAAGUAGUGCGAGUAGUGUGAAAUGCCCUCAGCUGUACCAUAACUGGAUCAUGUCACUUUAAAGGGAUAGUUCACAUAAAAUAAAAAUGAGAAUUUUUCAAAAAUCAUGUUUUUUAUUGUGCAUUCCAAUUAAUAUCAAUCAAACUGCAGUUAGUUUGUUUUGAUUUAAGCCAUAAUAACUCAAAAAUACAGCUCACUAACACAAUAAAACACAAUAAAAACAUGAUAACAUAAUAAAAAACAUUAUUUUUGAAAAAUUUAAAAACUGAGUUAUCUCUUUUUGGAACCAAACUCUUUAUUUAUUCACCCUUAUAUAAUUGCCCACUUAGUUACCGUUGCUAACUUGGACAAGAGACCGCAGUUCCCAAUGUCUUUCAAUGGCAGCUGUCAGUGUGAAAACCUUGUCCGAAGUUGUUUUUGGUAAAUAAAUGAUUUUAAAAUAAAUAUGGUGGAUAACAAAUUUAAUUCGGAAGCGAUGGCUUACUGACCUACAAUGCAUGCUGUGAGAACAGUUAGCUAUUUAGGUUUGUACGAUAGCAUAGACUGGCUAACUUAGCCAGAGAUACGAUACUGAAGCACAAGAUGACAUUGACGAGCUGCAGAUGAAAACUGUAACUUAGUGAAAGUAUGACAACCAGAAAAUCAACGUUUUUGUCUUCACUGGGAUUGGAGUUGAAUCGGGUUACUGUGCCCACAUUUUGCUCUUUUUUUUAAGUGGGUUUAGUAAAUUGAAUCAAAUAAAUUCCAUUCUUCAUCCUCCCAGGACACCUGGAAUAAGUGCCUGGAAAACAUGUUUUUUGCAUAAACACCAUUAAACCGAUGAGAGCUUUGUUCGGAUCUUACAAUGUUUCUCUAUGGCGCCGAAACCUAAAGUUGUCUGAGUUCAGGUCACCGUGUAACUCGUAUGCAGCUUUUGGGGGGAGGGAGGGGCUUCCUGAUAGGUCAAUUCCAAAGCUGUUUGUGACUCUUUCUUCAGAGGAACACAACAGAAGAUAUUUUGAGAAAUGUCUCUGUGGUUUUGUGUCUAUACAAUGGAAGUAAAUGGGGGUCAAUGUUCUUCAAUAAGACGACAUUCUUCAAAAUAUCUUCUUUUGUGUUCUGCAGAAGAAAGAAAGUAACAUAGGUUUGGAAUAAUAUGAGGAUGGUUUUUGGAAGAACUAUAACUUUAAGUAGAGAGUACUAUGUAGUGUGCACUGUGAUCUUUACAUUUAGCAUUUCGUCCACUUUUGUCCAUAGCACAUACAUAACACUGAGUAAAUUCUUGAUUUAUAGCCCACACAAUGUAAACUGUGGUCAUAUGUAAGCCUCGACUGCCCUUAAUGGAUUCACAAAAACCUUUUUCAAAUGACUGACCGGCCACAGUCUAACACAUUGCACACUGAAUUAUUCAACAACUGGACCUUUGAAAAACACUUUAUACUAAUUUAAAGAAACAUAACAGAUUUUCUGAGGAUGAAUUUUAAACUUUCAGUAUUUGCAAUUCUGCCUUCACCAGCUGACUAAACAAAUUCAGCCGCUUGUUUUCUGUUCCCUACAACGUUUUUGGCCAAGUAUGCACUUAUCAGACUACUUUAGAGAGCCACGGCCUGUCAGUCACAUCCAUUGUGUUUUACACGUGAUUAAUUAUGAAACCACUUGUGAAUAUUUUUGCACUGCUGUAUUUAAACAGCUAAGAAAAACACUUUGGGCCAGAUUUACUAAACAGGGCAAAAUAGUGCGAGAGCACAAUUUCAAAAGUGCGUCGAUGGGAGUGGAAAUUUCCGCGGGUGAUUUACUAUGGAGCACAUUGAAAAACACAGGCGCAAUAUCUCGUUCUUUUAUGACCAACGCAAUCUACCAAGAGCAGCACAAAUUACUGCACUGUGUAAGAUGUGCUUUUUUGGUCGUUAAAUAAAGCCACAAAUACCAGUACAAGGACGAGCGCAAACCUUAGUAAAUCGCGUUGCGUGAUUCAUUUAAUAAUACUCUCCUCCCAUAAAGUUUGUGUCUGAAGAGGAAACUCCUACAAAUACAUAUGCAGGACGGUCAGUCGCAAAACAUCUGUGUCCACGCCGUUUCAGGGCUCAUUUUUACUGCGUGUCUUUAGUAAAUACAGAAAGUAGUUUUUAACACCACAAGCUGUUAGUAAAUCUGGCCCUUUGACUGUGAAAUCUGUUCGACUUCAAUUCUGCAACCACUGAUAACUUUUGUAAGAUUUGCAUAUUGUAUUAUUAUAAUACUACAACUACAUGUGGCGUCACCUGUAUAUUCCCCAGGGAAUGUCAGUCUGUUUGUUUGCUUUUACCCUCACUUUGUAGGAAUUUAGGAAUGUAUAAAAUGUGUUUUAAUUCUGUAUGGAUCAUUUGUUACAUUGCAGUGUUAAUAAAUUGUGUUGAAAUGUGU